AUGGACACUCCUUCGGUCGUUGGCUUUUCCAAUGUGACCGAGGAUGACUUGAAAGCUAAGGGUGGGGAGCUUGCGUGCAUUCUUCUGGCCUCCGGCCCCAUUAAUGCCAUUUUUCAUCUGGUGGCGAAUCCCGACAGUUUUGGCCAGUCUGUCGAGAAACUCUAUCACGUUUCUUACCUCCUGCGUGACAGUACUUGUGCCCUGAAAUUUACGCCGCCCGGCGAACCUGUUGUCUAUUUUGGCUUUCGACAAUUUUUAAAUUCGACCACUGUGUUCGGGCUAGCCAUUGAAAACUUGAAGCUCCUCUGA